UCAUGGGAAGAUCCAAGAACAAAAUACUGGCCAUAUUCACAAUAUACCCAGGGACAAAAUUCUGUCGCUGGAAGUUCACCAUCAACUGGUACUUCACAGGAAGCUAUACCUAUGCAGAAAUUGGUCACACGUAAUAACAAAACAUCAUUGUACGCUCAGUGACCUGCAUGAUGAAUCACAACAAAUGAUUUAAAAAAAAAAUAAUUUAUUUAAUUAAUUAAAUGUACAAAUAACCCAAAAGAUACUUUUAAAUACGUGAAUACAUGCUGCGUGUGGAUAAAUCGUUGUAAAACAUUGAUUAAAUACAAAAUGCAAAUAAAAACAAAAAAAUAUGAUAAAAUAUGUAAAUGGAAAUAAUCCAGACUGGAGGAAGUUUAAGUGGAGGACAUUCAGUAUAUGCUGGAGCCCACAGAGCACCCCAAGUUUAUCCAUCACCCUAUAAUAAUCCACAACCAGCAUUUUUGCCCCCAAGUUUACAGGACAUGAAAACACCAAUGUCAGAAAGAUCAUUAAGUGGCAUGACAAAUCGUUUUGGUGAUGUAACUAUUGGAUCACCAACACCAAUUAGAAAUGUAGAAACAAGUUUUACACAAAGUGGUGAUACUGAAAUACAAGUUGCCAAAAUUAAUGCAAUGUUUCCAACAGUAUCUGAAACUCAUAUUCGUCUAUUAUUAAAAAAAUAUCAUAAUAGUUCAGCACUUGUUGUGAGUGCUCUACAAGUUGAGAAGAAUCUAUUGUGUGCACCAGGUCCAUGCACACCAGUUGGUGUGCAUUCAAAUUAUGCUGUGCCCAGAUGGCGUAUGGCAAGUCAUGCAAUACAUGCUGCAAUAACACUCAGUCCACCACGUUCAUCGAAGCCUGCCCCAAACUCCCCAAAAAUGAAACUUAGGUACCUGAAAAAUGUCUUUCCAAAAGUUGAAGAAACCCUGCUACUUGAUAUUUUAGAACAGAGUGAUAACAAUGUACAAAAAGCAUCAGAGACACUUAUUGAACAGGGAUAUGAAAAAAGAAAUCCUGUUCCACCAAGUAAAACAAUUGCCAGAGCUAAAGAAGAUGAAGAAAUACGUUUAAAAAAUGCUAUAAUUACGCCUGCACAACCACCACGAAUGAAAAGUUUAGAAGAAAAAAAGAAAAUGAAAUCACGUUUAAUGGAAAAAUAUAAAUCAGUACCUGAGCGUGUUAUUACUUUGGCAAUGGAAAGUGUUGAUUAUGAUGAAGACAAAGCUGCUCAUAUUUUAGAUAUAAUGGUUGCUGAAGAGAGUACACCACCAGAACGUGAUUUAAGCUGUCGCAGUAGUAGCAGUCGAAUUGACGAUCGUAAAGAUAGUCCACCAAUAACAGAGCCUAUUAAAUUAACAUCAUCACCAAUCAAAAAAAUUACCAAAGAUGAAGUUGAUAGAGUUAAACGGCCAAAAAAUAAAAAUGGAAUUCCAAAAACAUCACGUGGAACAAGUACAACAGAAGACAGUGAAUAUAAAUCUUUUUAUGUGCAAAAACCUCUAGGGCCAAAUUUUGAUAAUGCAAAAGGUCCAAAUAAUGAAUUACUUUUACCAGAUUAUGCACCAUGGGCAGGACCAGAUCCAAGUAUAUUAACAAAAAAAGAAUAUUCAUCAAAAUGUCUUGGAAAUGGUAAAAAUCCAUCAAUAAUAUACGAAAGAAAAAGUUUAGCUAAAGGCCCAGACUCUUCACUUCGUAAAGGACCACUUCGUGGACUUGCUGAAGGCUCUAUAUACUCGCAAAGAAAUGCAGCUAAUACUGAAAGUCGUGGUAAAUGAGAUAUGUGUUAUUGUUUUUAUUUUUGAAUUUAUUUCAAAAAACAAAUUAAUACAACUAAAUGUUUUAAACAAAAUUUAAAAGUUAUAUUAUUUUUUUUUCUUUAUAUUAUUCGUUUUAAAAAAUGCUCAUUAUUGUUGAUUAAUUUCUUGUUUUAAAAUCUACAUUAAUGUAGAUAAAUAAUUUUAUUAUUAUGUGUUUAAACAAAUUUGUCGUUUUUCAUUAGUUUAAAUAGUAAAAAAAAAAACAAGAAAAUAAAUGUUUAAUGUGCAAUUUAAAGUCAGGUAUCUUGAACAUAUCUCGGAUAUCUAAUAUUUUAAGAAUUUAAAAAACAAAAUAAUUGUCUUUUUCAUUAAUUAGUUAAUUGUUCAGGUUAUUAGUUGAAUCGUUAUCCCGAGAAAAAAAAACAAAAGAAACUAGUGUGUUUGUUGAUUUAAGUAGAAAUAAUUUUAUCGGGAAAAGAUAAAAAUCAAUCUCGUACGUCCAUACUUAACAAUACGUCCUUAUGGUAUGCACGAUAAAAAAAAAAAAAAGAAAACGAAUGAAAAGAAAAAAAAGAAUUGUACAU